CGGGCGGUGGUUUUGUUUUGGUGUCCGGGUGAAAAGGUAUGGCUCCCGGUUUGAAAGUGCAGAUUCUUCCCGUUAUCUACAGUCAAAGUGAACUAACGGAGGGACGGUGUCCCGAUGACGGAUUAUAACGGAACUUCACGCUGUGAGUUCAGAGCAAAGCGUUAAUUAUGGAGGCUGGGCUGCUGAUUGGCUGGCAGCAGCAGAAGGCGGAGCUGGAGCAGGAGGUGUGUCGUCUGCAGGAGGAGCUGGCGGAGAGUCGAGCAGAGAGACAAGAGCUGGAGUCCAGAAGCAGAGCGCUGGCUGACAGGCUCUGCCAGAGUCUGAGUUCUUCGCUGGGCGUCUCCCUGCAUGAGGAGGAGCAGAGGAGGUGGAAAGUGAAGCUGAGGGAAGGCAGGGAGAGGGAGGCCCGGCAGGCGCUGCUGAUCCACCGUCUGCAGAACAAGGUGAUCGAGUACAGAGAACGGUGCCAGCAUCUGGACCUGCAGGUGCAGGAGGAACACUCCAGGGUGCUGAGCUCGGAGCGGAGGACCAGGGAUGAACACGGUGACUCUCUGGAAAGCGCCCUCAUCAGGCUGGAGGAGGAACAGCAGAGGUCCGUCAGUCUGGCCGACACCAACGCGCUCCUUCGGCACCAGCUGAGCCAAUCAGAGCAGACCAACCAGGCGCUCAGAGAGGACCUCCAGAAGCUGACCGCUGAUUGGACGAGAGCUGUGGAGGAGUCGGAGCAGAAAGAGGCCGAUUGGCAGGGAGAGAAGGAGGGCCUGCGGGCCCAGCUGGGUCAGCACCAGGCCCGGUUCCUGUCGCUCUGGAUGUCCGUGCUCGAUCUGCGGCGGCACUGCCACACCAUGAAGACGGCUGCCGACAGGGAUCUGUGGCAGCUCAGAGCGGAGCUUUCCAGACUCUCCUCCUCGCUCCUCCUCAGCUGUGACUCCGUCUGCUCCUCGCUGAGGCUCAGCGCUCCUCUGACCUCUGACCUUCCUCCUCCCCCACCUUCUCCUCCUCUGUCCUCCACCCUCAUGCUCUCAGCCUCGCCACCUCGCCUCCUCUCUUCCUCCUCCCUGGGAACCUUCACCUUGGUAGAAGAGGAGGUGCAGGAGGAGGAGAAGACGGAGGAGCUGAAGCUCCUUCAUGAAGCUGAGGUGUUGCAGCUGCAGCAAAGGAUCGAGGAGCUCAGCCGCUCCCUGCAGGACGCAGACGGGGAGAAGGAGGAGUCGCAGCAGGAGGUGGAAAGGCUGAGGGAGUCAGAGAGGAGGCUGCGGUCGGUGGGCCAGGCGGUGAUCAGACUGUCCAGAGUGGUGAGGCGGACCAGCAGCCGGACGGCGGGCGACUCCUCAGACGGCGUCUCCUCAGACGGCGUCUCCUCAGACGGCGUCUCCACGGCAGGCGUCUCCUCAGACGGCGUCCUCGCUCUGGACCUGUCCUCCCUGCUGGGGGCGCUGUCUCAGGCAGAGAGCGCCCUGCAGCUGAAGCACGAGGAGCUGCAGGGGGCGGAGCUUAGUCUGCGGCGCCUCGGCGAGGAGCAGACGGCCCUGCGGCGCCGGCUGAGCCUCCUGGAGGCCGAGAACCAGCAGCUGGACCUGAAGACUCAGAACACGCAGCAGGAGCUGAAGCACGCCACGGACGCGCUGAGCAGGGAGAAGGAGGCGUCGGCCUCCCUGCGUCUGCAGCUGGAGGAGGUGCAGAGGGAGAACGGCAGGCUGAGGAGAGACAGAGACGGACUGGAGGAAAGAAGCCGACAGCUGGAGGCAGAAACACACAGACGGGAGGAGGCGGAGCUCCUGGAGAACCUCCAGCUGUCAGAGAGAGAAGCUCAGCAGCGCUUGGAGAUCCACGCCCUGCAGGAGGCGCUGGAGAGGGAGCAGCUGCACCGGCAGAGAGCAGAGGAGGAAGGAGCCGACGUCAGAGGAGCUCUGCAGAAGAGCCAGGAGAACGUUCUGCAGCUCUCCUCCUCACAGACGAUGUUGAGGAGGGAGGUAGAGGAGGCGCGGGGCGCCCUGGAGAAACUGUCGGCCCUGAACUCGUCUCUGGCUUCAGACAAACGAGAUCUGAACCAACAGCUGCUGCAGGUGGAGGCCGCGCUGUCAGACAGCCAAUCACAGCUGCAGACGGCGAGGUCAGAGGUCAGCGUCCUGCAGAGAGACGUCAACGGUCUGAGGACAGAGUGCAGCCUCCUCAGAGCUCAGUCGGAGACGGACGCUGACGUCAUUCAUCGGCUGAAGGAGCAACAAGCAGAUCUGGAGAGAAAUCUGCUGGAGGAGGAGGAACAGCUGGUCUCCCUGCAGGAGGAGAGACAGACGGCAGCUCAGCAGCUGGAGGAGGUGUCCUCCCAGCAUGCCCUGGUACGCGAGGAGCUAAAGGAGGCGCAGCAGCAGCUGCGAAAGGUGGAGGAGGAACUAAAGCAGAAGGAGAGACGGGAGGAGGAGCUGCAGAGGGAGAGCAGGCGGCUGCAGGAGGAACAGGAAGGUCUGAGGAGACACAGGGAGCAGCUGGAAGAGGAGUUACAGGAGCUCAGGUGUGAGUCGGUGAACCUCCUCCUGCAGCUCCGCCAGCAGCAGCAGCAGCUCUCCCAGGCGGAGGUGGACAGAUGUCAGCAGGCCACGCACAUCUGCACGCUGCAGCAGGCCAAGGCCACCUUACAGGGAGAGAUCGAGUGUCUGAGAGGAGAGCUUCAGCGAGAGACGGCCAGGAGGGACGACGAGAAGGAGAGGAGGGACCGGAUGAUGGAGGGAAAGGAGGUGUUGAAGGUGGAAAUGGAGAGACUGACGGAGGAGGUGGAGGAGCUGCGGACCAGGAGGUCAGAAGACCACGCGGAGCGGAAGGAGGAGAGGGAGUCGUGGCAGAAAGAAAGAGAAGCUCUGAACAAAGAGCUCAGGCUGAGAGAUGGAGAGCUGGAGGCUCUGAGGAGGCGCACAGAGGGACUGAUGGAGGAGGUGGAGGAGAGGCAGAGGGAGGUGGAGAGACUGAGGGAGGAGGCGGCAGAGGCAGAGACUAAGAUCAGCCUCAUGAUGAACAGGAUGCUGCGAGCAGAGGAGGAGAAGGAGAAACUGGAGGAGCAAAUAAAAAGGACAGAGGCCAUGUUGGCAGAGGAGGAGGUGAAGAGGAGAGAAGAGGAGGCCCAGAGGGACCUGGAGACGGAGGCGCUCUGUGAGCGGAUAGAGAAGCUGGAGACAGAAAAGAAAGAGAUGGAGGAGGAGACGUAUCAACGGAGGAGGGAGGAGGAGAGAUGGAGAACUAGAGCCGUGGAGGAGGAGGAGCAAACGAAGAGACUCAGAGCAGAGAUCUCCCUGUUACAGGAGGAGAGGGAGGAGGAGAGGAGGCAGCGGGAGAAACAGCAGGAUGAGAAGGAGGAGCUGGAGGAGACGCUGCAGGAGAGACUGGGGGAGAUGGAGCUGCUGAGGGUGAGGCUGAAUGUGGCUCAGGAGGAGUAUGAGGAGAUGAAGGAGGAGGUGGAGAGGAGGGAGCGCAGCCUGGAGCGACAGAUAAGUGCCGUGAGGGAGAGAGAGGAGGAGGUGGACGAGCUGAAGGAGAGCCUCAGGCUGGCAGAGGAGCGCGAGGAGGAAGGAGAGAGGAAACGCCAAGCGGUCAACCUCAGACUGAAGCAGACGGAGGCGCAGGAGGAGCAGCUCGAAGCGUUGCUCACAGAAACCCGGGCGCUCCUCGAGAAGGAGGUACGGGAAGGAGAAGAAAAGGACUACAUUAUCUCCUCACAGGGCAAGGAGCUGCAGGAGGUUCAGGCUGAGAGGGAGGGAGCAAAUAAGAGAGUCAGAGAGAGGGAGGAGGCCUGUGAGAGGCUGGAGGAGGAGCUGAGGAGGUGGCAGCAGAAGGUAGAGCAUAAUGAGAAGGAGCUGACCAAGCUCCAAAAGAGCGUUAGGGAGCAGCAGGAGGAGGUGCAGCAGCUGACUGCCGCACUGGAGGAGAAAGAGGAGGAGUUAGAGGAGUGGAAGGAAAAGGUAGAGGCAGGUGUUAAGGAGGAGAAAAAGCUCAACAAGAUCAUUAAGGAGCAACGACAGGAGGUGCAUAAGCUUGGGUCCGCCCUGGAAGAUAAGGAGGAGGAGGUGAGGGAGUGGCAGGAGAAGGCUGAUCUGAGGGGGAAGGAGGAGAGAAAACUCCAGCAAAUGAUGAAAGAAAGAGCGGAGGAGGUGAAGAUGCUGAGGGUCGCACUGGAAGAGAGGGAGGAGGAGGUGAGAGAGGGAGAGAGGAGGAGAAGGAUGGAGGAGGAGAGGAGGAGAAAGAGUGAAGAGAAAGGGAGGGAGGUGGAGGAGGAACAGGAGAGAGCGUGGGAAGCGCUGAGCACGUUGAGGGAGGAGAGGAGGAGGUUAGAGGAGAGACUGGAAGCAAACGUGAAGGAGGGGAAGGAGCAAGGUGAGGAGCUGAGGAGGACCCUGGAGGAGAAGGAAAGGCUGGAGAGCAAACUAAAGGAGACGCAUGAGAGGCUCGUGGAAGAAAGGGAGGAGCUGAAGGGAGCAAGACAGGAAAAUAGGAGGCUGGAGGAGCAGAGGGAUGUACUGAAGAUGAAAGAGGAGCAACUGAGGAGACUGGAGGAUGAACUGAGGGAGGUGAAAGAGGAGCGAAAGAUGCAACAGGAAACGGAGAAAGAGCUUCACCUCCUGGAGGAGGAAAGGAGGUCCAGACUGAGAGAGGUAGAGGAGGAGAAUGCUGGGCUGCAGAUGGAGCUGAGGAGGAAGGAGGGGGAGGUGACGGCUCUCAGAGAGGAGGUGCAGAGGGAGAGAGAGGAGCUAUCUGAGCUCAGAGAGGAGGUGCAAAGAAUGCAAAAAGAGAAGGAGGCCCAUGAAGUGGUGCAGGAGGAAUCUAGAAGAAAGGAGGAGGAGUGGAGGUUAAAGGAGCUCAUGAGCAAUACCAGGAUGGAGGAGGUACAGCAGGAGCUGAUGAGUAGCAGACAGGAGGUUUCUGCACUCAAAGAGGAGAUGUGCAAGGAGCAAAGAAAUCAUGAGGAGGAGGUGACGGCUCUCAGAAAAGAGGCGCUAAGAGAGAAGGAGGUGCUGCAGGAGGAACUUAAGAAAAGGGAGGAGGCGCUGCUAAUCAGCAACAAAGAUGAGUCACAAAAGAUGGAGGAGACGCACCAAGAACUGAUGAGGAGCAAAAGGGAGGUGUCUGUUCUCAGAGAGGAGGUGCAGAGGGAGAGGAGUCAGAUGGAGGAGGUCCAGCUCGUGCUUUCUGAACUAAGAAAGGAGGUGGUUAAAGAACGAGUGGAGAAGGAGGAAAAACAGGAGACGUUUGAAAAGGAGAUGAAGUCUCUCAGAGAGGAGGCGCAAAGAGAGAAGGAGGAGGCCCAGGAAAAGCUGCAGGAGGAGGUCCGAAAAAUGGAGGAGGAGAGGAGGUCCAAGGAAUUAAUGAGCAGCGAAGUACAGGAGGGGUGGAGAAAGGUGGAGGAGGUACAGCAGGAGUUGGCGAGGAGUAAAAGGGAGGUGUCUGCACUGAAAGAGGAGCUUGAGAGGGAGCAACAGGAGAGGGAGAAGAUAUGUGAGGAGGUCAGGAGGAGCAACGAGUUAACAGUCAUCGCCGAGGAGGUGAGAAGGGAGAAGGAGCAGAUUAAGGAGAAGUUAACACGGACAGAGAUGGAGGUGGUGGCUCUGAAGGAGGAGUUGCAGGAGGCCCGUAGGAGGAGUGAAAUGGAGGCGUCACAACUCAGAGAGACGCUUCUGAAGGAGCAGCAGGAGUUACUAGAGGAGCUGAAGGAAAGGAGAGAAGAUGUCACGACCCUUAAUGAGGCGAUGAAGAAGGAGCGCCAGAGGAGAGAGGAGGUGCAAGAGGAAAUGAGAGGCGUUCAGCAGACCAUGGAGGCGAUGGAGGAGAGCCUGGCCUCCCUGCGGAGUCAGGUGUUGGAUCUGAGUCGCAGCCGGGAUCGAGCUCAGCAGGAGGUGAAGGAGAAGGAGGAGGAGAGCCGGCAGAUCAGGGACGGUCUCAGGGUGGCCCUGGAGGAGAUGACCAAGCUGAAGGUUCUCCUGCAGGAGAGCCACAGCGAGGGGGAGCGCCUGAGGAGGACGCUGCUGCAGAAGAAGGAGGAGAUGGAGACAAUCAGGGAGGAAAAGCAAGGAGAGGUGGAGGAGCUGAGAGCCAGAGUUCAGGACCUGGAGAGGAGAAGGAAGGAGACGGUCGAAGAGCUGGAGAAAGCUGAGGAGAGGAGGAGGGAGAUCGAGGAGGGGUGGAGGAGGAGAGUGGAGGAGAUGGAACAAGAGCAGGAGGGCAAGCUGAACGCUCUCAAUACAGAACUCCAGACACUUAGGAGGAGACAGGAGGAGUCAGACAAAGAGUGGAGGUCCAGGAUGGAGGAGAAGGAGAUGGAGGUGGAGAAAGCAAGAAGGGAGACGCGAGAGAACCAAAGAGCAGAGAUGGAGGAGGAAACCCAGACCUCCACACAGAUGGAGGAGUCAGGUGGACGGAGAGAUCAGAAAGGAGGAGCAGAGGAGGAGGAAGAGGAGGAGGAGGUUCCCUCUGCGCCGCCGCAGGAGAAGGAGCAGCUCAGGAAGGAGCUGCAGCAGAAGGAGGCCGAGGUCUACACACUGACCCAGAGGAACCAGGAGCUGGAGGCGGACAGGGACCGGGUCCGAUUGGCUCUGGAGCGGACAGAGGCGGCGAUGAUUGGCUACAGGGAGAGAGCCCACCAGCAGCAGCAGCAGAGCUCCGGGUCUAAAUCAGAGAAGGGAGCGGGGGACAGAAUGCUGGUCCUGCAGCGUCUGGUGGCGGAGCUGGAGCUGAACCAGAAACGCGUCAACAAGAAGAAUUCCCACCUGCAGAGCCAGAAGGACCGACUGAAGAGAGACAGAGAGGCCCUGAAAGACACGCUGAGACAGGUGGAGCAGGAACGAUCGAGGCUCCGUCAGCAGCUCGCACUCAGCUCAGGGUCCCCGAGGCGACGCACACAGGCGUCCAGCAGCACCUCUGAGGUGGACAGGUUACGGCGGACAGUAACUGAGCUGGAGGACCAGGUGAGUCGGCUCCGUCUCUCAUUGGCUGUGGAGCAGGAGCAGAAGGCGGAGUUUAUCGAUCAGUCGUCCAGAAACAGCCAAUGGCUGCUAUCGCUGAGACACGACCUCAACGAUUCGCUGGCUGCCGUUUCACACCAGCCAAUCCCGGCUGUCCUGGAGUCUGAAACUCAGCGAUUGGACCGCAGCCUCAAGGAGGAGGAGCUUAGGAUGUCUCUGAGCCAAUCAUAGAGGAGCGAAGCUUUAAAUCUGUUUAGAGGCUGUGUCUCUGUUACCAGCUCUCUGAUUGGACAGAUUCUGUCUACAGACUUAUUUAUUUACCUUCGACCAAUCAGACGAGACCAAAAUGUUGCAUUUAAUAAACAGGUAAACAACAGUGAUGGAUAUUCCUGCUUUACCUCCUUCAAGCACCCAUCAGGUCUGAUGAUGAUCCUGAUGGACCUCCUGCUCCUCUGCAGACGUGGCGGUUCUGAUUCCAGAACUUUUCUGGAUCACAGAUUAACUUCUAAAGGUUCUGGAAGCAGAAGAACGGACCGGACCAGGUCUGCAACACAGAGUCCAGUUACUGCAGAGCUGUGGUUGUGUUCUGAUCCCUGCUGAUCAGUUUAAUAUCAGAUGGACUGCAUGUUCCAGAGUUCCUUUGUUUGGUUUUAGGUUUUAUUUAUUGUUUCUUAACGCCUCAAUAAACCAAAGUCUUUGUUACCAAG